AAGAUGUCCCAAACAUGUCCAAAGUUUGUAAUGGUUGUGAACAGGGGGCCUCAGGUCUUCCUAUGUGGACUUUUCCAUAGAGUUGCUGAAGUGUCCUCACUACAUGACAGCUGACUUUCUUUAAAAUGAGUAAUCUAACCAGAGUUAGAGUGAUCUAAGUGAUCUAAGAGCUGUACACACUAAGAGUAGUGUCUUUUAUGACCAAGAAGUCACUCUCCAUCACUUCCACAAUACCCUAUUGGUUACAGGUCAAUCCUGGUCACUGUGGAAGGGGACUGUGCAAGGAUGUGGAAAUCCAAGAGGCAGAAAUCAUUGGGGGCCAUCUUGGAGGCCACCGCUUGGUUACAAGAGUGUUUGUUUCAUAAAAGUACAUUAUCUGUACAUCUGUUUUAAGACAUGAUGACCUAGGGAGAAAAGUGUUCUAUUAUUACAAAAUCACAAGAUACUUUUGCCAGAUGAAGUUGAACAUGGCAGAAGAAGAGGACUACAUGUCUGAUUCCUUCAUUAAUGUCCAACAAGACAUCAGACCAGGAUUGCCAAUGCUGAGGCAGAUCCGAGAAGCCCGUCGAAAAGAAGAAAAGCAGCAGGAAGCUAAUUUGAAAAAUAGGCAGAAAAGUUUAAAAGAAGAAGAACAAGAAAGACGUGAUAUUGGGCUGAAGAAUGCACUAGGCUGUGAAAACAAAGGGUUUGCUCUGCUCCAAAAGAUGGGAUAUAAAAGUGGCCAGGCCCUUGGCAAGAGUGGAGAUGGUAUUGUUGAGCCAAUUCCUCUCAAUGUCAAAACAGGGAAAAGCGGUCUUGGUCACGAGGCAUUGCUGAAGCGGAAAGCAGAGGAAAAACUAGAAAGCUACAGGAGAAAGAUUCGCAUGCAAAACCAAGCUGAAGAAACAGCUGCAGAGCAGUUUCGACUGCGAUUUAAACAUAAGCACGAUGAAGUGAAGCUGGGGGACCUGAGGAGAAGCCAGCGAGCCUGCCGCCAGUUGGAUACUCAGAAGAACAUUCAGGUUCCGAGGGAAGCGUGGUACUGGUUGGGGCUUGAAGAGGAGACUGAGGAAGAGGAAGAAAAAGAGCCAGAGGAAGAUGAAUAUAAAAGUGAAGACUUAAGUGUACUGGAAAAAUUACAAAUAUUGACUGGUUAUUUAAGAGAAGAACAUCUUUAUUGUAUUUGGUGUGGAACAGCCUAUGAAGAUAAAGAAGACCUCUCUUCAAAUUGCCCAGGACCAACUUCUGCAGAUCACGACUAAGACUAUUCUCAAUAAAGUAAAAACUUGGAAAAUGUCACUGUUACCUAAAAAUAGACAAUUGAGCAGUUAGAAUUCCCAAAUUAUGCCAAUAAAGAAAAGGGGCCUUUUAUAUGUUGUGUUCUUUUUGUAACUUUGGAAGUACUUUGUAUUUUAUAGUUGUUCACCGACUU